GGGCCCCCACCGCCACCCCGCCCCGCACCCGGAGCGCACCGCUCACCGCGCCCCUUCCCACCUUCCCGCCGGGGUCGGGCGCCGCUCGCCCUCCGCGUUCCCGUGCCCUCGCCACUCCCCUCCCCCGCACCAUGAGCAACCUGAAGCCGGACGGCGAGCACAGCACCAGCACGGGCACCGGCACCGGCACGGGCUCCGGCGGCUCCCUGGAGGAGGAGGUCCGGACUCUGUUUGUCAGCGGCCUCCCUGUGGACAUCAAACCCCGAGAACUCUACCUACUCUUCCGGCCAUUCAAGGGGUACGAAGGCUCCCUGAUCAAGCUCACCUCUAGACAGCCUGUCGGUUUUGUGAUCUUCGACAGCCGGGCAGGAGCAGAAGCAGCCAAGAACGCGCUGAACGGUAUUCGCUUUGAUCCCGAGAACCCGCAGACCCUGAGGCUAGAGUUUGCCAAAGCCAACACGAAGAUGGCCAAGAGCAAGCUCAUGGCAACCCCGAACCCCACCAACGCGCACCCCGCCCUUGGAGCCCACUUCAUUGCCCGGGACCCCUAUGACCUGAUGGGGGCUGCUCUGAUCCCUGCGUCCCCAGAGGCCUGGGCCCCUUACCCUCUGUACACCACAGAGCUCGCCCCUGCCAUCUCACAUGCUGCGUUCACCUACCCAGCCGCCACUGCCGCCGCCGCCACCCUACACGCUCAGGUGCGCUGGUACCCGUCCUCCGACAGCACGCAGCAAGGGUGGAAGUACCGCCAGUUCUGCUAAGUCUUCGUCUUGCCACCGGGGAGUUGGUCCUGGGAAUUGGUACCUCGGUGCCAGGACAGGCGCCCCAUGCUUCCGAGGCCCCAGGCGGCUGGGCAGAGCUGCUGCCUCCCACCAAAGACUGUGAACUGAAGCCAGCCUCAAUGGACUGCUCCCCGCCCCUGCCCCCUCCCCCCUCAGCCCUGUUUGACCCCAAAGCCUUUCUCCAAGGCCUCCCAGGGGAACUUGGGGGCCUUCUCCCCAGGACACCCAGACCCUGCUUGGAGGCCUCACUGGGACCCUGCAAGGCCUGAUCUCUCGCCCAGACUUGCUUCUGUAACUCUCCUCAAGGAAGGCGUUUAGUUCUGCAUGUUUUCUGGCAUGAAUUAAGACACUUAAACUGUGUAUAUGUGAGUGUACAGUUUGUUCUCACGCCAUGUCACCAUAGCAACAGGUCCUGGCCACCACUGGCUCCCCGUGCCUGGUCCCUCCACGCCCCACCCCGACACCUUGCUUCAUUGGGGACCGAGGCUUGUGGCUGAUUCUGCCUUGAUGGCCCAGCAUCCCACACCCCUAUGCACCCCUCCAGGCCCAGCCACCACCCAGGGUACCUAGUGUUUGCUUUUUCAUUUCAGAUCGGGGCCCUUCAAUCCCCCCUCCUCAGGUGGGCCAGCCAUUGUGAGAAAACCCUGUCUCUGCCCGAGUUGCUUACCUCUCCACAGACACCCCCCACCCCCUGCCGUCGCCCCUCAUCUUUCCAAACCUCGAAACCAACCAAAACGUGAGAAGUAUUUUUGUACCCUGUAUAACAAAAUAUUUAUGCAUCAUAAAGGAUUUUUUUGUGCGUGUACCAUUAAUUAUUAAAGAGACCUUGUUUACCCUGUCAGAUAAGUUUAAUGUUUAGUUUGAGGCAUGAAGAAGAAAAGGGUUUCCAGUCUUCAGCAGGGAGCCUUCGUGUCAGGGUUAGUGUAAGGAAAGUGAAGGAAGGAAGAGUUGUGCAAUUGUAUUUUGUGUUUGUGAGUGUAUCCGUGCUUUGCCGUGGGCCGCAGCCGUGCCCGUCUCGCCGGUCCGGACGCGGGGGACGAGGUGGCUGUAGUAAUUGCUGAUCCUGUGAGAAUGUGAAACUGGAUAAUAUAUGAAAUGCAAAAUAAAAACAAUCGUCCAGAGUG